AUGUUGCGCCGCUCUCAUCGCCCAACUACUACCACCACCCGCGAGACCAAGCCCUCGCUCAUGACCCGGCUGAAGGGGCCUAACGCCCGUACCAAGACUACCAAGACCAAGACCACUACUACCCGUCACGGUCCUGCGACAACCACGACUCACAGUCAUCGCACCUCAAAGCGUCACGCUGCCACCACCCAGCCUGCUCACCACCACAAGCGCAAGACCACCAUGGGUGAUAAGGUUUCAGGUGCCAUGACCAAGUUGAAGGGUACUCUGACUGGCCGACCAGGUGUGAAGGCUGCUGGUACUCGUCGCAUGCACGGCACCGAUGGUCGCGGAAGCCGUCACCAUGCUGCCUAUUAA